AUGCUUGAUGUCCUCAAGGACCUGCUGGGGAUAUCGGAGGUGCGGGAGGCAGCUCGCCUCUGCCGCACGUGCGUCAGCAAGCUGUACAGCUACUGUCAGAUGUCGUCAGCCGUCUCUCAGAUGCGGCGUGACAUGCGGAUCGUCUUCGCCAAGGCGUCGGCCGCUUUUGCAAAGCCGGGCGUAGAGCCUGUGCGGCCGUUCUUCUGCGCCGAGGCCGGCUGCGGCCAGACGUUCGGCAGCGCGCGGCGACUGCAGGAGCACCGGUACCAGCGGCACCGGCCGGUCGGCCUGUCCUGCCCCCAGUGCCCCCUGGUGGCCGAGUCAGAGCACGAGCUGCAUAGUCAUGUGGAGUCGGUGCACCGGACGGGCGAGGCCCUGUAUGGCUGUGACGAGUGUCAGGAGCGCUUCUACCUGGAGGCCGAGCUUAAGAGGCACCGGCGCACGCUCCACGACGCCAAGCGGUACAUCAAGUGCAAACACUGCCGCAAGGUGUUCAGGUCGCGCCUCUCGUACCUGGAGCACCAGGCCCAGCACAGCGGCCAGCGACUGCUGGAGUGUCCGGUCUGCAGCGAGACCUUCAGCCGGCGCGUCUGCUUGGCCGUCCACAUGAAGGUGUGCAUGAUGGUCGUCAGGGUGCACCGGAAGCACGGCGGUGUGCAGACGUGUGACCUCUGUCAGGAGAAGUUCUCAACUGUGGGCCGGCUGCGCACACACCAGCAGCGCCAGCACGGCAUCGAGCAGCCCUGGCGGUGCGAGUACGAGGGCUGCGAGAGGGCCUUCCGCUCGUGCGCCUCUCUGGAGGUGCACGUCGUCAACCACACGGGUAAUCGGCAGUUCUGCUGCGACGUGUGCCAGAAGCGCUUCAGCACCAAACAUCGGCUGGCCUCCCACUACCGGCGAGUAUGCCUGACGGCGGGCCGGCCGACCGGGCGGGACGGGCGGAGGAUCCACACGGGGGAGAGGCCGUUCCAGUGUGACCUGUGCGGACGACAGUUCACCCACAAGUCCAACUUGUACCAACAUACGACCCUCGCGCACAAAACGAUCUGGCCCAGGAUCUGA